AUGGCCACCGGCGACGGCGACGAUGACGGCCAGCAGCAGCGGCAGGACGGCGAGCAGCAGCCGGUGGUGCUCAUCACGGGGUGCGCCAAGGGCGGGAUCGGCUACGAGUACUGCCAGGCCUUCGCGGGCCUGGGCUGCCACGUGGUGGCCACCGACGUCCCGGACCGAGUCCCCAGCCUAGCCGCCGACCUCGCGGGCACGCUGUCCACGGAGGCGCUGCCGCUCGACGUGACCUCAGACGCCAGCGUCUCCGCGGCCGUCCGCGACGUGCUGGCGCGGCACGGCCGCAUCGACGUGCUGCUCAACAACGCCGGGGUCGGGUGCACGGGCCCGCUGGCGGAGCUGUCCCCGGCCGCCGUGUCCCGCGCGAUGGACGUCAACUUCCUGGGCCAGGUCCGCACCGUGCGCGCCGUGGCGCCCCACAUGGCGGCGCGCGGGGCCGGGCGCGUCGUCAACAUGGGCAGCGUGGUGGGCACCGCCGCCACGCCCUGGGCCGCGCCCUACUGCGCGUCCAAGGCCGCCGUGCACGCCGCCACCGACGCCCUGCGCCUCGAGCUCCGCCCCUUCGGUGUGCACGUCGUCAAGGUCGUCGCGGGCGCCGUCAGGUCCGGGCUGGGCCGCGCCAACGCCGCGCAGCUCGCCGCCGGUGGACAGGAGUGGCAGAUGUACCGGGACUUCGCGGCGGCCAUCGAGGAGCGGGGCCGGGCGUCGCAGACGAGGAAGUCCACGGACGCCGGCGUCUUCGCUAGGCACGUGGCGCGACGGGUCAUGAGCGCGCGACCGCCCAGGGAGAUCGUCUACGGCAACAUGACGCUGCUGUUCGCCGCGCUCGCGGCGUCACCUGCAUGGGUGCGCGACGCCUUCUUCGCAUGGCGCUUCGGGCUCAACAAGAAGCCACGCUAG